AACACCUUAGCAGAUAAUAUCCAGCGAUUCACCUUCAAGAUCCAUCCAGAUAAGCCUUUUCUCAUAGGUUGAAAAAACUGGGUUUUCAGCUGCUGACGGCGCCGCUUUUAAAUUUAAUUUAAGAAAGGAAAAGACAAUGGCAUCCAAGUUCUGGACUCAGGGUGGUAGUGACACCGAGGAAGAGGAGACUGAUAUCGAAGAUGAAAUUGAGGAUGGCGGAGCCGGAGAAACCACAGCCGCCGCUGGAAGUAGAUAUCUCCAAGCUAAUGCAAGUGAUAGCGAUGAUUCUGAUGGACAAAAGAGGGUGGUUAGAUCUGCUAAAGAUAAGAGGUUUGAGGAGAUGGCAAGUACGGUUGAUCAGAUGAAAAAUGCAAUGAAAAUCAAUGACUGGGUUAGUUUGCAGGAGAGUUUUGACAAGAUUAAUAAACAGCUGGAGAAGGUUAUGCGUGCUACUGAGUCGGACAAAGUUCCGAGUCUUUAUAUCAAGUGUCUUGUGAUGUUGGAGGAUUUCUUAGCAGAAGCUUUGGCUAAUAAGGAGGCAAAAAAGAAAAUGAGUAGUAGUAAUCACAAGGCUUUGAAUGCAAUGAAACAGAAGCUCAAGAAGAAUAAUAAGCAGUAUGAGGAAUUGAUUAAUAAGUAUAGGGAGAAUCCUGAGAGUGAAGAAGAGAAGCUUGAAGAUGAGGAAGAAGAUGAGGAUGAAGAUGAAUCUGGGUCUGAGGUGGAGGAUCCGUCACAAAUUGCUGAGUUCAGUGAUGAAGACGAUGAGGGAGAAGAACUGGAUGAUGCUGUUGUUUUUCAAGGGGCUUGGGAGAAGAAACUGAGCAAAAAAGAGAAACUGAUGGAUCGGGAGUUCAAGAAGGAUCCUAGUGAGAUCACCUGGGAUACUGUUAACAAAAAGUUUAAAGAGGUCGUGGCUGCUAGAGGAAGGAAGGGAACUGGAAAAUUUGAACAGGUUGAGCAACUUACCUUCUUGACAAAGGUUGCCAAGACUCCUGCUCAGAAGCUUGAGAUCCUUUUCAGUGUUAUAUCUGCGCAGUUUGAUGUUAAUCCAGGUCUUAGUGGGCACAUGCCUAUAAAUGUAUGGAAGAAGUGUGUACAGAAUAUGCUUGUUAUAUUGGACAUCCUUGUUCAGUACCCUAACAUUGUGGUUGAUGAUAUGGUUGAGCCUGAUGAGAAUGAAACCCAGAAAGGAGCAGACUAUGAUGGCACAAUCCAUGUUUGGGGAAAUUUGGUUGCCUUCCUUGAGAGAAUAGAUAAUGAGUUCUUCAAGAGCUUGCAGUGCAUUGAUCCACAUACUCGUGAGUAUGUUGAGAGACUGAGGGAUGAACCUUUAUUUUUGGUCCUUGCACAAAACGUCCAGGAGUAUCUGGAGCGAAUUGGUGAUUUGAAGUCUGCUGCUAAGGUUGCUCUAAGGCGUGUUGAACUUGUGUAUUACAAGCCUCAAGAGGUUUAUGAUGCAAUGAGGAAACUUGCUGAGCUAUCAGAAGAUGGAGAAAAUGAUGGUGAGGAGACUAAAGUUGAGGAAACUCGGGGUUCAUCCUCAUUUGUUGUAAAUCCAGAGCUUGUGCCUCGGAAGUCCACGUUCCCUGAUAAUAGCAGAGCAUUGAUGGAUAUCCUAGUGACACUCAUUUACAAAAGUGGAGAUGAGAGAACCAAAGCCCGUGCCAUGCUUUGUGAUAUUUAUCACCAUGCCCUUUUUGAUGAGUUUCCAAUAGCUCGUGAUUUGUUGCUGAUGAGUCAUUUGCAGGAUAAUAUUCAGCAUAUGGAUGUUUCAACACAGAUACUCUUUAACCGGGCAAUGGCACAAGUUGGACUCUGUGCCUUUCGUGUUGGGCUAAUUUCUGAUGCUCAUGGGUGCCUAUCUGAACUCUAUUCGGGUGGCAGGGUGAAGGAAUUGCUUGCACAAGGUGUUUCACAAAGUCGAUAUCAUGAGAAAACCCCAGAACAGGAAAGGUUGGAAAGGAGACGUCAGAUGCCUUACCAUAUGCACAUAAACCCUGAGCUUCUAGAGGCUGUGCAUUUGAUUUGUGCCAUGCUUCUUGAGAUUCCUAACAUGGCGGCCAACUCCCAUGAUGCCAAGCGCAAGGUGAUAAGUAAGACAUUCAGGCGGUUGCUUGAGGUGAGUGAGAGGCAGACCUUUACAGGUCCCCCAGAAAAUGUGCGGGACCAUGUGAUGGCUGCCACCAGGGCCCUUUGCAAGGGAGAUUUUCAGAAAGCCUUUGACGUCAUUAAUUCUCUUGAUGUUUGGAAGCUCCUUAGAAAUUGGGAGUGUGUGCUUGAAAUGCUGAAAGCUAAGAUCAAGGAAGAGGCUUUGAGAACUUACCUUUUUACUUACUGUUCAUCGUAUGAUACACUAAGCUUGGAUCAGCUCACCAAAAUGUUUGACCUCUCAGAGGCCCAGGUUCAUAGCAUAGUUAGCAAGAUGUUGAUUAAUGAAGAACUCCAUGCAAGUUGGGACCAGCCGACACGGUGCAUUGUCUUCCAUGAUGUUGAAUACUCGAGGUUGCAGGCUUUGGCAUUCCAAUUGACUGAAAAGCUUUCAAUACUUGCUGAGAGCAAUGAAAGGGCGGUAGAGGCAAGAAUUGGUGGUGGUGGAUUGGAUCUGCCACUAAGGCGACGAGAUAACCAGGAAUAUUCAAGUGGCGGCGGCAGCAGGUGGCCGGACUUGUCCUACAACAAUCAGGGUAGACAAGGUGGUUCUGGACGUACAUCAUGUAGUGGCGGUGGCAGACCAAUGGCAAUAGGACAGACUUCAAGGGAUCGGUCAGGGCAGUCAAGAGGAACAGGUGGGUAUUCUGGGAGAAGUGGUUCAGGAAUGAGAGGUUCCCAGGAUGCUUCAGCUCGCAUGGUCAGUCUCAACAGGGGUGUUCGUGGUUAGUUCUUAAUGUUGGGUCUCUUGAACCGAAAUUCGUCUUCUAUUAUAAGUUUUUUACUGCAACACUUUGAGAUGCGGUUGAACUUUGAUUAAUGGUUUUUGUAGUGUUUUUUUUCCUUUUAUGGUUGCGACUACUCACGCUAUAUUAUGUUGAAUGCUUUUUUAGUUGCAUAUUUUAUAGAUAGAUGUCUUUUGUUUCUAUGAUCAA